GUUUAUUCAGGCAAUGUAUAUGUGUGAGAGCUAGUGCUGGAGAGAGCAACAAUCUCAGAUCUUAAGGCUGCAUUUACAGAUGCUGUCAGACAAGCGCUGCUGUGUCUGUCAACUCUACAUUAACUUUUGAAUGGGAUUUAUCACCAGCUUGGCCAUCAGACUCGUAUCUUAAAAAGAUGGAGACUCUGUUUGCCAGAGCGCUCUUUGACAACACGGCUGAAAGCGAAGAUGAACUAGCUUUUUGCAAAGGUGACAUCAUCAUGGUCCUUGAAAGAAACGUGGUGGGAAGCACUGGAUGGUGGAAAUGUUCUGUUCAUGGACGUAAGGGUCUGGCACCGGCGAACCGCCUGGGUCUCCUUUCUCUAGCACAGGGUGAAAAACUUUGUCCCCAUUUCAGUACUGACUGGGAUCCCUUGAGUAAACAACGCAACAAGAAUAUCUAUCAAACCCCCAAACCUGCCAGUCUAUCACCAGUGGAUCCCAUUUAUGAAGAUAUGAAUAUGAUAUAUAAGCUGUCCUCCCCACACAUCCCUUCAGCAGAUAAGCACAUGCCACAAGAGGACCAGGAAGGAACCGGCUCUCCAUGUGACGCCUCAACGACUAACUUCAGAACUGGUGCAGAUAUAUAUGAUGUUCCAAGCCUGGUUAGAAGAAAAACCAUGUUUACACCAUCAACAUUGCAACAAUCUUUGCAAAGGAAGUCCUCUUUGAUAUCUACCACAGAAAUUCCUACGAGAUAUAACACGCUACAGAGCAAGAGAUGCACCUAUGCAACCAACCAGAAUGCCUGCAAAGCAGCAUCACUGGCUUCCGAAGACCCCAAUUAUGACAUACUAUUGCCUUCCAUCAGUGAGGACAGUCAAAAACAUCAAAUUGGUUAUAGUACCAUGCCAAAACCUCCAAAGUCAGAGUGGAUUUAUGACGUGCCAGUCUUCAUGCAAAAUCAAGGUGCUGAACCAGGUCAUUACGAAACAAUGCCACCCAAAACUUUGAACUCGAACAAGCCACUUUACGAUGUUUUGCCAACUCGUGUUUGGCCUAAAAGUAAAGACACUCUUACCCAGCCCCUCUAUGAUAUUCCCAGACCAAGCAGUGCUGUGCAGACUAUUGUAGAGACUAAUUCAAGCAUCUACGAUGUCCCACCUUGCAUCAAACGAACAGAGACCCCUGUAUUACCAAAACAGCACAGCGUUCCUGAAAAAGACUCUAACAGCAGCUAUGAAACCCUAGAAGGAUUCAGGAGUAGAACCAAACCCACAUGUCAAAAGGUUCAAUCUUGGCGCUCAAGGAAUCAGACUUUGCCUAGGCUGCCUGUGAGAAGAGAUGAUGAUGAUAGCAAAGACAACCAGAGAAGCUCAACAGUAUCCACCUCCUCCACGGCAUCCAGCUCCUCAAGAAGCUCCUGUGACUCCUUCCUUCUCAGUUCCCCCGAGCCCGAGCCCAUCCGUGAGGUUACGCUUUCCCAAGAGGAAGUUGGCCAACGGCUGCUCGAGUUACAGGACGCCGUGUGUCGGUCUGUACCCAAGCUGAUGUUGUUCGUCAGCAGCCAAUGGAGAAUCAAGGAGCACCUCGGUCAGCACCUUCAACAGAUCCGCCUGGCUACCGAAGAAGUGACGGACUCCAUCACCUGCUUCAUAAACUUCGCCUUGGACGUCAGAGGCAACGCACAAAGAUUAACGGAUUACAACCUGCAGACGAGGCUUCUGAAGCAGCUGUCCAUCGUUGAAGACUCGGGUUUGAUCCUGCAGCAGGCUGCAGAUGCGCUGCGAGAUACGGACUGGCUCCUGGAGGCGCUGACUCAGGAUGGUGGGCAUUCACAGACACCUGAUCACUUGGAGCGGUUUGUUAUGGUGACUCGCACUGUACCCGAGGACGUGAAGAGGCUGGUGUCCAUCCUGAACGCGAACGGGAAGCUUCUUUUCAGAACUCCUGUGAAGGAGCUGGAUAUGAUGGAACAGACUGGCUUUCCUCAAAAGAAAAUUUCAAGCAAAUGUGAAACAACAGUAGACUCAGGAAUAGAUGAUAGUGACUACGUACAACUUCAGACGAAGACGGAAAAUUUUGACCAACUACCAAAAAUGUCAAAAGGCAGCUUUAAACAAAAGAAAAAUGUUGAUACCUCGAAAAAACAGUCCCCAAGCCCCUGCAGUCCACCCCAAACAUCAAAGAAGCCUUCAAUCUCUGACCACUGCAGACUGUAUUUCGGAGCCAUUCAGAAGGCGAUCAAUGUAUUUUUAAGUAGUCUAAAUGAUGGCGAGCCCCCUGAAAAGUUUAUAUCCCACAGCAAGCUGGUUAUCAUGGUGGGCCAAAGACUUGUGAACUCACUAUGUAGUGAUGCUAAAGGCAGAGAGGCCAGCCGGGAAAUGUUGUCUAUGAGCAAUCAGCUAUGUGCCCAUCUCAAGCAACUAGCCAUGGUCACCAAGAAAGCAGCUUUGGAGUUCCCAGACAGGACUGCUCUCCAGGAGGCCCAGGACACGGCCAAGGAGCUGGCACAAAGGGCACAGCACUUCAGAAUGUCAAUGGAUGUCUAAGCAGUCGUACUGUAUUGUUUUUAUCUUAGGGAGGUGGGAUGUAUAUAUGCGAAAUAUCAGAAUCUUUUAGGUUUGUAUGCAAAUCUAUACCAGCCAUCCUUACACCCCACAAAAUGUAUUAGUUUUCAUUUUAUAGUAUUAGUCUGCAAGAUGAGGCCAUUUUAAAAGUAAUAAAAGGACCACUUAUAAUUAUAAUUUAUUAUGACGGAUGAUGACAUAACAGUUAGUGAUACCUAGUCAUUGAUGUGUAGACGUUAAAUAUAUAGUUAAACACUUGCAUCUAUUUGUCUUAUAAGUGUACAAUGUACUUGCCCAGCCAAACCUCAGACUUUAAACGAUUUAAGCAGAAAUUGCACUUUUAUGAUGCCCAACACUGUAAAAACUUCUUGGUAAUAAUUUUUAGUAGGCUAAAAGAGUUAGGAAAAAUGUUUGUUGAUUACUCUGUGUUACAUUUUUGUACAAUAAUUUAAGAAUCAGUGUUUUGAACAAACUGUAAAUAUUUUCUCUGCAUACAACUUUGAAUACAACUUUUUGAAUAUGCUUUCCAACCUUGUUUCUUUGUUUUUCAAUAUUGUCUCUCACAUACUGUGAGAAUGCAAUAUCUUGGGGGGUUUUAACAGGGAAAUUUAUCUUGUCGACACAAAUAAAGUGUUACCUACAUGCAAUUUCGUUUGUAUGAUAUAUAAUUCCGAGUUUAAAUUUAGCUAAAUUGUUGAGGCCUAGUGUUCUACAUCGACUAUUGUAAAUUAUUUUACAAAUGUGUCCUUAACAAAUAAUCAGGUUAGUUAUGUUUGGACUCGAAAACGUUAUUGUUACAUCUUUGGGUUUCUACCUGUAGCUCAAUACAGCAUUACGUCUGCAACACAAAGGUCUUGCAUCCGUUAGGGAAAACAAAUUCUGAUAAAAUAUAUAGGCCAACCUUAAAUCCAAUGUCUAUUUUCACAUAAAAAUGUGUAAGUUAAUGAUGGUCUGCUUUAUUUCACAAAUAUAAAUAGGGCAUUGGCGCCCUCUAUCUAUUAAACCAUGGAAAAACAUCUAGUUUUGCAACUUCGAUCAGCACUACUUAUUUGCUGAGACAGAUUCGAUAUUUAUUAAAUAAAUUAAAUAUUUUUUUUAAAUUUAAUUUUUCUAAACCAUGCAUUAUUAUGGACAUAAAACGUCGUGAAAUUUAAAGUAUUAAAAAAGAUAAUAAAUCGCCUACUAUAGCUAAUGAAUAGCAGCAUAACUAGAAUAUUUAUACAAUCGAAAGUAUCACAGUUAUCGCAACUCAUGUACUGCUUGGACCACAGAGCCUAACAAAAAACGUAAGCAUUAGUUAAACAAUAGCCUAAUACUUUACG